CCACCACCAUCAUCACCACCACAGCGAUAGUGAAAAACGACCGUACCCCGAUAAAACCGACCAAAAUGACAACGACGACGACUCCUUUCAAACCCACACCCAUCUCUAACCCCUUCAUCCCGCCCGGCGCUCUGGUCCUCGUCACGGGCGCCAAUGGGCUCAUCGCCUCCCACGUAGCCGACCAGCUCCUCGCGCACGGGUACCGCGUGCGCGGCACGGUGCGCUCGGCCACGCGGUGCGCCUACCUCACGGAUCUCUUUAGCGCGCGGCACGGGCCCGGACUGUUCGAGCUGCUCGAGGUGCCGGACGUGGCGGCUCCCGGGGCGUGGAUGGCGGCGGUGCGCGGGGUGUCGGGGGUCGCGCACGUGCUAGGGUCCUCGGACCUGGCGGUCGCGGACGCCGACCGGGGGGCGGCGGAGGAGUUGACGUGGCAGACCGGCCUGCUCGAGGCGGCGGCGGCGGAGCCCGGGAUCCGGUCCGUCGUGUUCACGUCGUCCGCCUGGGCGGCCUGGACGCCCAACGCGAGCAGAAAGGUCCGCCUGACCGGGGAGAGCUGGAACGAGGAGGCCGUCGCGCUGGCGAGGGACAAGUCCGUCAACGCUCGGAGCAAGGGCCUCGCGGUGUUCAUGGCCCUCAAGACGCUGGUCGAGCAGGGCGUGUGGGAGUGGGUGGAGAAGAACAAACCGGGGUACGCGUUCAAUACCGUGCUGCCGGACACGGUCCUGGGCGAGUGCCUCGACCCGGCGAAUCAGGGGAUUCCGAGCACGGCGGGGAUGGCGUACUGGGUGUGGAAGAACACCAACGUCGACGUGUUGAACAUGCUACAGCCGCAGUGGUUUGUCGACUGUCGGGACACCGGCCGUCUGUAUGUUGCCCUGCUAGCGACCACGCCGGUUGUCACCGGGGAGCGCAUCUUCGGUUUCGGCGAGCGAUACAGCUUUUUCCGUGUCGCCGAGAUCCUGAAGGAGCUGUACCCCGACCACGCUGACAAGAUGGCUAAGGUGAAGGACUUCGGGUGGGAUCAGACAGAAGUGCCGAACCAGAGGGGCGCCGAAUUAUUGGCGCGUUUGGGGCAGCAUACCGGCUGGCGGAGUCUGGAGGAAAGCGUCAAGGACAAUGCCGAGAGCUGGCUCAAGCUGGAACGGUAG